AUGCGUACCCCUUUCCCAUACCUCACUCUAGCCCUGGCGGCGCUCGCGGCAGCCGAGUCCACAACGACAGUCGGGCUGUUCGGCUCUUCAGACGAGUCUGACUCUGACAUUGCAAUCCCAUCCUACACCUCCGUCGCCGGCUCCGUCGUCUCUAUCAAUGCUCUAGAAACGGUCUACGCCGUUUCCUGUCUCUCCGGCGCAAAAACAGAAUCCUGCUCGAUCAAGGACCCCUGGACUAUCACGCAGGGAAUAUCUACCCUCCGGCUUAGCGCCGAGUACACCGCGUUCGAAUGGCAACCGCCUGUCACAGCGACAUUCGAUUACGACUGCUCCUUCCAGUCGUAUAGCGAGAGUGCCAGCUGCACGUUUAGCGUGUAUUACUCGGGGAGUUCGGAUGGACUCGAGACGAGCAGUUCCUACAGCACUCACACGUCGAUUGCCUCAGACAAAGUCGAGUACUACGCUCUUGAGGUUACCGGGGGCUUGGACAAGUUUGAUAAGCCCGAGGCCACGGAGACGCCUGGCGCUGCUGCGGCUGGCGUUCUUGCUGGGCCUGUGCAGGCGAUUAUUACUGCAGCGCCAAUGCUGGCGGCGGGAGUUGCUGCUGUUCUCUGA